AAAAAGGUGGUGGCUUUGACGUUGAGAGGACUCGUGGUAGAGAAAGAUCCCAGCCUUCUCUUCUUCUUCUUUUUUAACUGUUUUAUCUUUAGUUUCUUGCCAAUCUACAAUGGCAGUUCUCUUCCAAAAAUCCAUCACUUUCUGCCUUCUUUCCGCCAUAGCCUUUGUCCUGUGUUUCUUCCAUACAUCUGCAGAGCUUCAAAGAUUUGGCCCCCCCGCCAAAAGUAAUGGGUCGGUUAGCUUUUUGGUCGUUGGGGACUGGGGAAGAAGAGGAGAAUUCAACCAAUCUCAAGUUGCUUAUCAGAUGGGAAGGAUUGGAGAGAAGUUAGACAUCAGUUUUGUUGUUUCGACAGGAGAUAAUUUCUACGACAAUGGAUUGUCUAGUGUGCAGGACACCGCAUUUGUGGAGUCGUUUACCAAAAUCUACACAGCCAAGAGCCUGCAGAAGUUGUGGUACAGCGUUUUGGGCAACCAUGAUUAUAGAGGCAAUGUAGAGGCACAGUUGAGCCCUCUCCUCAGGAAAAUUGAUAGCAGAUGGAUUUGUCUGAGAUCUUUUAUUGUGAAUUCUGAAUUAGCAGAGAUUAUAUUUAUGGACACCACUCCUUUUGUCAAUGAUUACGUUACUGAUACAGACGGCCAUACUUAUGAUUGGAGGGGCAUCCAAUCUCGCAAGGGUUACACUGCAAACCUAUUAAAGGAUGUAGAAUCAGCACUGGAGGAAUCAACUGCAAGGUGGAAAAUUGUUGUUGGUCACCAUGCCAUUAGAAGUGUCGGACAUCAUGGUGAUACAAAGGAACUUGAAAAGUGGCUUCUCCCAAUUCUUCAGGCCAACAAUGUGGAUUUUUACAUGAAUGGACAUGACCAUUGUCUUGAGCAUAUAAGCGACAGUGACAGCGGUAUACAAUUUCUAACAAGUGGAGCUGGGUCCAAGGCAUGGAGGGGAGACAUUAAAGGACUGAAUGGAGGUCGUCUAAAUUUCUUCUAUGAUGGGCAGGGUUUUAUGUCUGUGCGGUUGACCAAGAAAGAUGCGAAAAUCAUGUUCUAUGAUGUUUUUGGCAAUGUUUUGCACAGAUGGAGAACAGUGAAGCAGCUUCACCAAUCUAUAUGAAAAUUUGCACCAAACCACAUUGUAAACUUACUCUUUGAAGGAUUUCUGUAUGGUUUAGUGAUUAGUUAGUAAACUUCAAGAUCAUUUUUCCCUUUUACCUACCCUGCAAUAAGCAAUGGCAAAUGUAUUAGGAGUCUAGGAUGGAGAUUCAAGGAUCUGGUUGCGUGUCAAGUUCUCAUUUGGCAAGAUAAUAAACAUUGCUGUGGACUGAUAUAUAAAGACUGAGCUAGUUUCAAAUUGUCUUA